CUCAGAUCGGCGUCGGAGCCCCCUGGCAGGGCUCAGCGCGCCAAGGAAGGGGGUCCAGCGCCGAUCCAAAACUCCGCACGGGCCUCCGAGAGUUGUUGCUCAGGCAGCUUGUGUGUUCCUCAAGUUUCGGCCAGUGGAUGUGCAGAUCGCUGUCGAGCGAAGCGGGGCGGCCGGAUGGCCGCUGUCUCCGUCGCGGCAGCUGGCGAGGCUGGCGUCGUGGCCCUGACAGACGAGCCGCCAUCUGCCUCAGGCGCCGCCGCGGACAGAGCCGCGGAGCUUGACGACUCUGCUGCGCCGGGUGGUCACCUCGAGCCGGUGCUCGCGAGCCGCGCCGACCGUGCCGGGGCCCGGGGCCCAGCCCCUGCGGGCGUGCCUCGGCGAGCGGGCGCGCUGCCUCGCGUCGCUGGGGCGGAGCCGUGGCGCAUGGCCCCUCGGAGGCUGGCUCAGACAUCCGCGCCACCACUUGCUGGUUCUGGUCGCCCAGGGCCAGGGCGGCCCUGCUGCGGCGGUGCGGGGCUCUGCAGUGGGGUGUGCUGCCGCUGCCGUCGCAGAGCCCAGGGCUCGAGGUCAUCAGGGUCGCUCUUGAGGCCAGGGUCCUGAGCCUGCGCUUCGACGGCGCCCCCAGGGCUCGAGGUCAUCAGGGUCGCUCUUGAGGCCAGGGUCCUGAGUCUGCGCUUCGACGGCGCCCCCAGGGUUCGAGGUCAUCAGGGUCGCUCUUGAGGCCAGGGUCCGGAGUCUGCGCUUCGACGGCGCCGUGGGCGUGGGCCGUUCCCGUCACAGAACGGAGCCACUGCGGUGCUCGCAGCUGCUGCGCGCUUGCGCGUGGGCGGGCCCGCUGGGUGCGGGGCUCGGCGCUGCCGGUGAAGCCGCGUUCCAAGUGCGCCGGCGGCUUCUGCGGAUUGCAGGGCAGCGUUUGCCAGCCUGAAGCACAUCCUUCUCCUUAUGAUUGGCAUCUCCUUGACUCGGUCUCGAUCUACGAUUUCCCUCAGUUUCUGAAAGCACAUCCCUACUAUUGUCAUCGGGUUGGGCGUAUCAAUCUCAGAGAUAGGGCCGAGCUCGAGGCUGGUUGCACAAAUCUGACCUGCUACUCGCUGGCGCUGAUGGUGGUCUACUUCAGGCAGGUCCACCCCACUCCGUCCUCUGAGCGGCCGGCCAGCGAUCACUUCCUACAUGAUGCUGCGUUGCGCCCAGUGGAACUCCUCAUCGCGCCAGCACCCGUUCUUUGGUGUCAUGAUGUUGCACGCCUAAUUAGUGGAACGCGUCCACCGCGCCAGCAACAGUCUUUCUGCCGUGCGGAGUGCGCUCACCGUGUCCCGCCAAAGUGUCAGCGGAGAAGGGG